AUGUUCAAAUAUCAAAUCUUUGUACAAGGACUAACAGCAAGCAAAGAUGCAGAGAUACGGGAUCGGAUAGUGACAAAAUUAGAACAAGAUUCGAAACUAACUCAACAGGCAGUGGCUGAAGAAUGUCAAAGGAUUAUAAAUUUACGACAGGACGACACGUGCACCAAGACAAAAGUAAAAUUUCACGUGAAAGAAAACGCUGUACCGGUAUUUAAACCGAAGCGAGCUGUACCUUUCGCGGUCAACGAGGAAUUUGAUAGAUGUGAAAAGCUUGGAGUUAUAGAAAAAAUUGAUUAUUCAGAAUCAGCAUCACCAACUGUUUAUGUGAAGAAAAAAAAAAUACGAGCGUGCGCUGACUUUUCAAUAGGCUUGAACGAAUGUUUGAUGACAUACAGUUACUCAUUACUAAGUCUGGAGGAAAUUUUUGCAAAACUCAACGGAGGAAAAUCUUUUUCAAAGUUGGAUUUGUUGGAGGCCUAUUUACAGUUACAAGUCAAGGAGGAAUGUUUGAAAUUAUUAACGAUAAACACCCAUAAAGGUUUAUAUAAAUUCAGUCGACUUCCUUUUGGGAUAAAGGUAGCACCUAGUAUUUUCCAACAGGUGAUGGACACUAUACUUGCAGAUACAGAUUUCGCUAUAGCUUACUUGGAUGACAUACUCAUAAAAAGUGAGUUUCGAGACCAGCAUGACAAACAUGUUAAAAAGGUCUUUGAAAGAUUAAAGGCAUAUAAAAAAGAAUAA